UACCUACCUUCACCUAAGAGACGCGCAGGACAUCACUAUCUGUGGGGUAUACUGUUGUUUUGCGGAAGUAGCCGACCAUGGCUACGUCUGUGAAGCUCCCUGCCUUCAGUAUGGACUCUAGAAUAGUAAUAAUAGGAUCCGGAAUAUCUGGGAUCUCAGCUGCUCACAGGCUGACCACAUCGGGGUUCAAACAUGUGCGGAUACUUGAGUCAACAGGGAGAAGUGGAGGACGAGUUAAAACCGGCAGAUUCGGUGAUAAGGUGGUUGAGAUUGGGGCAAACUGGAUCCAUGGACCAUCCGAGGAGAACCCUGUGUUUCGUCUUGCCCGUCAUUAUGGGCUCCUGGAUCCAGAGGCCCUGACCCCAGAGAAUCAGGCAAUAGAUUUAGGAGGCAGUCCCAUCUGGCUUCCCAAUAUCUUUAGCAGUUCAGGCCGGAGGCUGACUCCUGAAGAAUUUGAUCCUGCUCGGGAGAUGUUUGAGAAACUGCUGAAAGAAAGUUCAGAAUUUGAGAGCAGCGGAGGAGAGCCCAAAGCCAGUGUGGGAGAUUUCUUACGCUCAGAGGUGCAAAAACAAGCAGCAGAGGAGUGGAAAGACGUGGAUGCAAAUACCAGGUCUCUGAGACUGUGUAUGAUCAGCAACAUGCUUAAGAUGGAAUGUUGUAUAAAUGGGACUCACAGCAUGGAUGAGGUUGGUCUGGGGGCCUAUGGUUUGUACAAGACUCUACCUGGACUGGACUGCACAUUCCAAAGGGGCUAUGAAGGUCUAAUUGAAAACCUGAUAUCAGAGCUCCCCAGUGGUCUGGUGACCUACAACCGCCCUGUGCGCUGUGUCCACUGGAACAACACAGAGAAGAGGGAAAAGCCUGUGAUGGUGGAGUGUGAUGAUGGGGAGAGGAUUGCUGCUGAUCACGUUAUUGUCACAGUACCUCUAGGAUACCUGAAGAAACACCACUCAGCCUUGUUCUGUCCUCCUCUGCCUCUACACAAGCUGCACUCCAUCCAGAGGCUCGGUUUUGGCACAAACAAUAAGAUAUUUGUGGAGUUUGAGUCACCGUGGUGGGAUGAAGACUGCGAGGCCAUUGUUUUUGUGUGGGACGAUGAGGAUGAAAUAGUGGACCAGGUGCCUGAUAUACAGAGAUCCUGGGUGAAGAAGCUGUUUGGCUUUACUGUCCUCAAACCCACUGAAAGGUAUGGCCAUGCUCUGUGUGGCUGGAUUGCUGGUCAUGAGUCAGAGUACAUGGAGACGCUGUCUGAACAGGAAGUCACACACAGCAUCACACAGCUGGUUCGCAGGUUUACAGGAAAUCCUACCGUCACCCCAAAGAGAAUCCUGCGCUCUCAGUGGUUUCAUGACCCCUGGACGUGUGGAUCGUACAGUUUUCCAGGAAAGCUCUGUUCAGCACAGGACCUUGAGAACAUGAUGGAGCCUCUGCCUACAAAAGGAUCACAGACACAGUCCCUGCAGGUUUUGUUUGCCGGAGAGGCGACUCAUCCCUACUUCUACUCCACCGUCCACGGAGCUGUUCUCACCGGGUGGAGAGAGGCUGAUCGGCUAAUCUCCCAUUACUCCUCCAUCAGUCCAUCUGUGCCCAAAUCAAACCUUUAAUGAACGAUUCUUCUUUGAAUCACAAGAAACCUACACACAGCACUCACUUCAUGAGCAGUCAGAAUGCCUUUUUGUCACAGCAUAGUGAUACUGAUCUUCAAAUAAACUCUGACGCAUUUCUACUGCAAGACUUUGUGAGGGAGUCUAAAACUGAAAAAGAUGUAACACCAAAAAGAGGACAGAUUGUUUGGGUCUUUGAUGCUUUAAAAUGAACUGUUUUAAUGAUUCAAAAAGAGAACAGCGCAAAGUUUUCAACUGAUUUAAUGGGCACCUUGUAGAACUUACAUUUUCCCUUUUGUUUUUAUUCCAACAAUGAUCCUGUAUCUGAUUUGAAGCUAAAAUAUGACACUGUGAUCUUAGAGUUUAUGUGACAAGUUUUUGGGUGGCUGCUGUUUAAAUUCAUAAAGUUCCUCAGUGAUUAAGGCAUGAAGCUGCUGACAUCAUGCUCAGGAUUUCACUGCAUUGAAAACAAAAAGGGACACUUUGUACAUUUCAUGUUACAAAAAUCAAGUGAUGAAUUUUGAAAUUGUACAUGUCAGUAUUCUUUUAAAUCGGCUUAAUAAAAAUGUAAAAUUAGCAGCAACCCCUUACACUGAUUUCUAUACUGCUUACAACGUACCUUUUUUUUGCUGUUAUGUGUUAAUACCAUAUUUUAUUAAUAAAUAUGCAAUGUACAUAUGUAAUAUUCAAAUGUUUCUACCUGAAUUUGAUCAGUAAGCAAUUGUACAUUAAUGUGAAUCUUUUUGUGUGUGUUUAAUUUGAUUAAUGAUACAGAUUACUUACACUGUUAUUUGUUGCUCAUUCAUGAUUUCUCUAAUGUGGCCUUUUAUUGGAUGAGUGUGGUCCUUUUUUUUAAUGAAUCUAUCUGUGAAUGAGGAUGGUCCCAUCUGUGUGAACAUUUAACAUUAGACUAAUCGAACAUGUUUCAUGAAAAACACUUAGAGCAUUCCUGUAUGUAAUAUGUCAGAGAUCGAAAUAAUGAAAUAUGUCGAACAGCCAUCGAAAUACUUCUUUUUGUGUCAAGUUUGCGGGCUCUGUGGAUAAAGUAACACAAUGUCU